AUGGAUAGUCCACUAACCCAGCAGCUUCUUUUGAUUCUGCACCAUGUGCCUUUCGCUGAAACCUUUGUCGCAAUAACCAUUGCAGUCCUUUCAUCCUGGCUCUUUUCGAAAGUGUCCGACCCUACAUCGACUUUGCCUUUCAUCAACAACAGGAAAUGGUACGAGUUUGGCUACUUCCAGGCAAAGAAUCGAUUCUUGGCCGAUGGAAAAAAUCUAAUCAAAAGUGGAUUCGAGAAGGGCGACGUGUUUCGAAUGGUGAUGGACAAUGGAGUCAUAAUGGUUCUGCACCCGAAAUACGCCAAUGAGAUCCGUAACAUCGAGGGAUUGAGCUUCAGCGAGUCUUUGGCAGAAGACUUCCAUGCGCAAGUCCCGGGCUUCGAUCCUUUCACCUCGGAGAAGUUGAUCCUCGAUGUCAUCCGGAACAAACUGACAAAGAAGCUGGAGUGGUACUCAAUUCCUCUCAGAACGAACAUCCUCAAGCUUGUUGCACGUCUGACGUCCAAGACCCUCCUGGGCAAUGAGAUCGGUCGCAAUCCCGACUGGCAGAAUAUCAUGGUCAACUACACCGUCGAUGCCUUCAUAGCCGCUUACAUCCUACGUCUAUUUCCCAAGUUCCUGCGCCCCCUCGCAUCGCGGUUCAUUCCCCACUGCCGAAAGCUUCGCAAGGAGAUUAGUGAGGCGCGCCGGAUUAUCAAUCCCGUUCUGAAAGAUCGACAAGCGCUGGAAGAGCGUGCGGGUGCCCAGAACGGUGCUUACGAGGACGGAUUUGACUGGUUGAAGCAGUGUGCAGGCGAGCGUAAUUAUGACCCGGUCAUCGCGCAGCUCUCACUCACCGUUGUGGCGAUUCAUACGACGUCGGACAUGUUGACGCAGGUUCUCUUUGAUAUAGCCCAGAGGCCGGAGCUGAUCAAGCACAUGCGCAAGGAAAUCAUCCGCGUUUUCUACGGGGACAAGGCAGGACUGACCCGGGGAAACCUGCAAAGAUUGACCCUGAUGGACAGCGUGAUGAAGGAGAGUCAGCGAAUGAAGCCGAUAAAUAUUGUCUCCAUGCGUCGCCGAGCAAACUACGACAUCCGUCUCUCAGACGGCACCCUAAUCCCCAAAGGCACCAUGCUCUGCGUCUCGGACCACUGGAUGUGGGACCGCGCGAUCUACCGCAACCCAGAGGAAUUCGACCCCUACCGGUUCUGCAAGACAGACAGCUUCGCCUACGACUUCUCGUCGAAGUUCGUCUCGCCGUCUCCCGAGCAUCUCGGCUUCGGACUGGGUCGCCACGCCUGUCCGGGCCGGUUCUUCGCUGCCACCGAGGUCAAGAUCAUACUGUGCCAUAUCCUCCUGAAGUUUGAUAUCGAGUUGCCGGCGAGGGUCAAGCCGCAGGUCAUGAAGGUUGGUGCGUCGUUGAGUGCGGAUUUGGACGCUAAGGUCAUGUUGAAGAAGCGGUGGGAGGAGAUCGGGUUGUUCUAG